AUGGGAGCCUCCUGUUCUGAGAUAUCAUCUUUGCCUAUCGUGGCGUCGAAGGUUUCGGUGAAUUCGGAACUAACUUCCGGUGUUCCCACUGAGAACGUUGCUAACCAGGAUCCCCGUAUUCAUGAUGGGUCGACCAUUAAGGGUCCGGAGAUUACUACUUCUUAUGCUGAUAUUACGAUGAACCGUCAGCCUCGCAGGCCGGAUGUGGCUGCCCAUCGGUUCCAUAGCUAUCGUCCAACGAAAGAAGGAGAGCAGUUCUCGUUUAAGGUGCCCCAAGACCUUUCUGAGAAGGAGGUUGCUACAGAAUUUGCCCAUGCUGUCACUGGUCGAAUUUUACUCAAAAAGGGCGAAAAACCUAAGCCAGCGAUGUUGGUUAAGGCGGAUCUACAAAAAGUUUGGAAAAUUGAAAAGGAUUGGCAUAUUAUUCCUUUGGGGAAAGGGUAUUACACCAUGGCUUUCACAUCUGCUGAAGACAAGAUGAAAGUGAAAGCCAAACAUGUUUGGGAGCUAGCGUCGGGUCAUAUUCGUCUUCGUGACUGGGCUAAGAAUUUUGAUCCUUUUAAGGAGCAUUCCACUCUUGCUAACGUUUGGGUUCGUAUUCAUUACCUUCCUAUUGAAUACUGGCAUGCGGAAAUUCUCGCCGGCAUAGGUCGUUAUGUUGGACACCUUUUAAAAAUUGAUGGAGCUUCUAUUCGGCGUGACUUCGGCCAAUAUGUUAGGCUCCUCAUUGAAUUGGAUAUGUCGAAGACUCUCCCGAAUACUCUUCUCAUUGACAGUGGGUCAUUUUCCUUUCAUGUGGAGUUCACCUAUGAGAACUUGCCUUUUUAUUAUUCUCGUUGUAAAAUCACAGGUCAUUCGAUGGAUAAAUGCCAUAAGGUUUCCGCUAAGGCCGGAGGUCUUCCGACAGCGGCUGAUAAAGACACACGGAUUUCUGAGCAGCAAGUUAAACCUCCUGUGGUUGGAGAAAAAGAAUGGAAACAGGUUGGCAAUUUGGAUACCACGUUCUAA